GUUUGAUCUUCGCAGGUGCCCAGAAGAACGUGGGGUGUGCGGGCGUAACCGUGGUGAUUGUGCGUGAGGACCUGCUGGGCAAGACAUUGAAGGAGUGCCCCAUCAUCCUGGACUACGGUGUCCAGGCUGGAAACGGAUCGCUCUACAACACCCCUCCCGUCUUCAGCAUCUACAUCAUGGGCCUUGUGCUGGAGUGGAUCAAGAACAACGGGGGAACGGAGGCCAUGGAACGCCUCAAUAAGCAGAAGUCCUCAAUGAUCUAUGACAUCAUCAGCAACUCCAACGGCUUCUACUCUUGCCCGGUGGAGCCAGACUGCCGUAGUCGUAUGAAUGUGACGUUCCGUGUGGGCAGCAGCGCGGGGGACGAGGCUCUAGAGAAGAAGUUUCUGGAAGGAGCUGCUAAGCUCGGAAUGCUCUCUCUGAAGGGACACAGGUCAGUGGGAGGCAUGCGGGCCUCCUUGUAUAAUGCUGUGACGGUGGAGGACUCCCAGGCUCUGGCCAGCUACAUGGCCCAGUUCCUGAAGGACCACCAGCAGUGAGAAUAGGUCAACCAUCAUAUACCCUGCAUGCUGUAUAUGGAUCAAUGACGUUUUUUGGGGCUCAGACGUCAAAUAGUACAACCACAGCUCAUGCCCAUAAAUGAAUCAGUUAUUAGUACUUGACGCAUUUCAAUGAAUAUGCUUGUUGGGUAAUUCACUAAAAUCAAAAACGAAUCAUUUCAUCCAGACAAUAGUGGCAUUAGUGCUUGCACCACCCUGACGUGUGCUGCUACUGAAAUGUCAUUGAUCCAUGCAUCACCAACAGGAUGCUCUUGUUUACCAGUGGCCCAUGCCACUCACAAAUCAAACCAUUUACUUUUUGGGGAAAAAAAGAGAGAAAUGAAACUCCAGAUGGUAUUAGUAGUAUUUUUUGUAAAGGUUUGGAUCUUUGCAAUGCUUUUUAACGCACACACGCGUCCUCUGGCAGACCUCCUGUGCCUCAUCAUUCCCAGUGGCUGCCUCAGGAGUUCUAGGUGAGGAAGUAGAUCUUUGUAUUGUUUUGUCUGUGCCUUAAUGUAUAUAGAUACAUUUUUUUUUAUCUGUGUAAAAAAGAUAUUCACAUUCCAUUAAAAGUCAACUCAACAGUG